CUGAUUGCAGGCUAAUGUUUUUGCCCCGAGUACUAAUUUUUGCAUUUGAAAAAAUAUAUGCGAACGAAGAAUGUUCUAGUGAUGCAUACUUGUACAGUCUGAUAUGGUACACACAAUACCGAUAACGUCUUUUAUUAGUGUCCUUUGACAUCAACAUCAUUGGUUGUUUUAUUGAAGUAAAAUGGCGAAGGAAUAUGAAAGUGACCAAGAGCAGUCACUUUUCUAUGCCAGUGGAUUUACAAAUCACUAUGGCGCAGUGAACAGUGUCGAUCUUGAUGGACAAAGCACCGAGGCGCUAUCGGAAAAAAUGAGAGCGCGUUUGAAGUGGCACUAUAUGAAUGCUUAUGAAAAAUAUAGAGCUGGCGGACGCAAACCAUGGAAGCUACUUAUUCAAAUAAUAAAGAUCAUUCUUGUCACGGUGCAGAUUUGUUGGUUUGCAGAAUUGAGAUUUUCAGUUGUAAUGUAUUUGGAUGAGGCACAUCAUGUAUUUCAUGGAUUGUUAUUCCGGAACAAUGGGAAUGCAUUUUACACGAGGCAGAGCUUAUAUCACCAGAUAAAUUACACAACUUUUCAGUAUGAGCAUAUAGAAGAACUGGCAUUGGGACCUUACUCCUUGCCAUGUGAAAAUCCUGGUGACUGUCCUGUUGUAUUAUGUACUCACUCAUAUAACAAUUCAACCAUUAAACCACGUACAUUGUAUUAUGAGUUUGGAAAUGAUGAACCAGAAGUCAAAUGCAUGAACAUUACAACAAUCAAAAACAAGAAUAUUUCUGAGUUUGUUAGACUGAACAAUAUUCCCCAGGAGUUUUACUGCAUUGAUGCUUUCUCGUUAAGACUAACUUUGCAAUCAAUCAAGAUUGGUCAGCUAAAGUUUGGAAAUAACCCUGAGUGUGUUAGGUUCAAAAUUAAGAUUAACUUUCAUAAUGGACACAACACAGGAAAAUUUAAAUCUGAAAUGGAAAUAACACAAGAGUAUAUUGACUGCAAAGUUCCUGGUGGUGUAAAAGAUGAACUGCGUUCCAGUGAAGUGAUAUACGACAUUUUUGUCAUUGUGGUCUGUUUCUGGUCCCUGUUGCUCACAAUACGGUCUCUUUACAGGAAUUUCAAACUAGCGAAGUUGACGUUCAAGUUUUUCAAACGUCAUAAAAAAGAAAAAUUAUCAAUCAUAUCCGAUGGGUUGGAGCUUGUGAAUGCUUGGUAUAUUAUUAUUGUACUCACGGACAUAUUAACCAUUGUUGGUUCCGUCAUCAAGAUUUAUAUCGAUAUGAAAAACCUAAAGGAAACAUAUUUCUACGAUGAAUGCAGUCUCUGCCUUGGUAUUUCUGUUUUGUUCAUUUGGAUUGGUAUUUUGCGUUACGUGGGAUUCCUAAAGAAAUAUAAUGUUUUGCUGAUCACAAUUGAAGCAGCUAUGCCAAGUGUUCUAAGAUUCCUAACUUGCGCGGCAGUUCUUUAUUUUGGUUUCCUGUUUUGUGGCUGGAUUGUCAUUGGACCAUAUCAUCCUAAGUUCACGUCGCUCUCUGAAACGUCGGAGUGUUUGUACUCUCUCAUCAAUGGCGAUGACAUGUAUCCAACAUUCCACGAAAUGUCGAAGGAUAAUUAUCAGCUGUGGAUUUUCAGCAAAAUUUAUCUUUACGUGUUUAUUUCACUUUUCAUCUAUAUUGUUCUCAGUCUGUUUAUUGGUAUCAUCAGUGACACGUAUGAAAGAUUAAAGAAUGGUCAACACAUAGUAUGCUCUAAUGUCAGGAGGUUUAUUCAUGGACCAGAAUGUCCUUGCUUCAACCGUUCUGAAAGCACCGCUGACUCACGUGGUCAUCAUAGUCAUGCGCGCGCCAGACAGGAUGAUGAUGAAACAUGAACACGUGAAGUUGUAUCAAAAGUCAAAACAAGAUUUAAAAAAAUUGAGUGUGAAUAUCAGGGAUUUUAGAAAACACAAUGGAAAUUAAAAAAAAAAACUCAAGAUACCGGGUAUUUGGGUGGCAACUGGCAAUAAUUUUCGUUCAGACGAUUUCUAUUAUCCACAUCAGGACGUUGUGACCCUUUCCUCAAAAAUGAGCUUCAAUGCGACAACCUCAGUAGCGUUCUAUGCUUCGUUGCUUUGAAAAUGGCUGUUUCUACAGGCAAGGCACGAUCUAUAACGUCACUUGCAAGAGUUCAAUGAGGUGAUAAUUAUGAACUGAUUAUCAAUUGUCAUACAAGGUGCACUUUAUAACCGGGGCUUGACUUACGUUAGUUACCUACAACGAUUAACACAUGUAAUUACUUUGCGAGUUACUUAUACUAAUGUAAUUAAGUUAUAAUUUAUUACAGCAAAAGGGAAGAUAGAUAAGUCGAUUAUAAUUAUGAUGCUAAAUAUUUAUUUUAUAUAUAAAUUGUAUAUUUUGAAUAAUUAAAGUACAAUGUGUGGAUUAA